UUAGCGCAGGGGUCCUUGUAGCCGCUACUAUUAGCUCAGCAACAGCUAGUCAGCCAUUGGCCGGUACGAUCCUAACCAUCUAGAAAACACCACUUAAAGUAAAAUAUACGGACUGUACUCAGCGCUGCACAGCUAACGAGAAAUCCGACAUACAAAAAAUCUCUUUGAAGACAAAGAGUAUAAAGAUGCCUUCAGCAACGGUUGGCAACACCGCUGUCCAGUCUGCCAUUCCAGACCUGGGAAGUGGAAGUCACUCUGAGGCCAUGAAGCACGUUCUUGGUGUUAUUGACAAGAAGGUCCGCAAUAUGGAAAAGAAGAAGUCCAAACUAGAUGACUACCAGGCAAAAAAGAAUAAAGGAGAACGACUGAACCCGGAUCAGCUGGAGGCCUUGACGAAGUAUCAAGAGAUCAACAACAACCUUGAUUUUGCUCGAGAGCUGCAGAAGAGCUUCCUGUCAAUGGGUCAAGAGAUUCAAAAGGCAGUGAAGAAGUCUGCACGGCGAGAGCAGCUGCAGCGCGAGGAGAUAGAACAACGACGGCUGAAGACAGUUUUGGAACUUCAGUAUUUACUGGACCAACUGGGAGAUGAAAGUGUCAGACAGGACCUUAAACGACCUGAUGCGUCUGGUUCCUCUCUGCUCACUGAUGCUGACCUUGCGUCACUUGAUGAGUUUUACAAAUUGGUGGGACCUGAAAGGAACUACGAAGUGAGAUUGACUGACCAGUAUGAAGAGGCUUCGCUGCACUUGUGGGAGAUUCUUGAGGGCCGAGACAAGGCUGUGGCAGGAACCACAUACAAGUCACUGAAGGACACUCUAGAUAAAGUGCUUUUGAGUGGUUACUUUGACAAAGCACAAACUCAUCAGAACGGGGCAUGUGAGGAGGAAGAGGCACAAGAGGAGCAAUCUGCAGUGGCUGAGACUGCAGUGGCUGGAGAGCAGCAAUCGGAACCUGAAGGAUUAACCAGUGAAAACUACACAGAGGCAGUUAAAAUGGAAACCACAGAAUUUAACAGACAGUUCAUUCCAGAAACUACUUACAGUAGUACAGACAAAGACCAAGUGGAAGAGUGGACUGUGGAGGCUCAGAUGGUGAGUUCUCUCCAGCACCAGCCUCCUGCAGCCAGCCUCCAGCUGGCUCCAGAGCCAGCUGUUACUUCUCCCUGUCCUGACCCCGAUCCAGUGGUCAGAAAGCAGGCAGUGCAAGACCUCAUGGCCCAGAUGCAAGGGACGUACAACUUCAUGCAGGACUCCAUGUUGGAAUUUGACGGCCAGGCUCUGGACCCAGCCAUCGUGUCUGCUCAACCAAUGAAGCCUGUGAAGACUGUUGACUUGCAGCAGAUUGGUGGCCCUUCAAUCCACUCGGAGUCCAGGCUUCCUCAAACAACUACAGUGUCUGGACCACAAGAAUCCUCACAAUCCUCUAUGUUUCUGUCGUCUGAACAGUCUCCCGCCCCAUGUUCCUUGUCCACUGCCUUUCCACCUGUCUCCAAGCCCACCCACACUGGAGGCAUCAAUGUCAACGCAGCACCUUUCCAGUCGGUGCAAGCGGUAUUUAAUAUGAAUGCACCUGUACCUCCACAUACUGAUGGCCAAGCAGACCCUCUUAAGCAGUCCAGCCAAUUCCCUGGUGGCUAUGGACAGAGCUUUAGCAACCAGUCAGAGAAUGAGCAGCCUGACAUCUCACAGGAGAGAUUGCAGUCAGUUGUCGGUGGGUUCCAGCCCCAAGACCAAGUCAUGUCCUCAGCAGGAGGCCAUGAAGAUUCCUCUGCAGCUGCAGGGUUUGGACAGUCUGGUCAGUCCUUUUACAACAGCAGGACUGCACCUAGGGGUGGGCCCAGGAAUGCCCGUGGCAUGAUAAAUGGAUAUCGGGGCUCCUCGAAUGGAUUUAGAGGGGGAUAUGAAGGCUACCGUCCUCCUUUCUCAAAUGCCCCUCCCAGCAGUGGUUAUGGUCCAACCCAAUUCACUACAUCUCGAGACUAUUCCAGUAGUAGCUACCAGCGGGAAGGUUAUCAGCAAGGCUACAAACGCGGAGCAGCCCAAGGACCUCGAGGUUUAUCUCGAGGUAACUCUCAAGCAAUGAGAUCAUAAAGGAUCCUAAGGACCGUCAAGAAUGCGCCACGUUGAACAUUCAGGAUUUUUGAAUGUGUUUGCCCCAACUCACUUUUAUAACAAUUUUUUUUUUUUUUUUUUUUUCAACUCUCGGCCUACUUAUCAAAGUCAGCCUGCUUUGGCCUGUCUAAAUCCUCUAAAUGUCACAAAACGCUGAAGUUCAUCACAUGUAAGAUUCUCAGCAAGUCUGUGUGAUGUAAAACUACAAAUAGAUAUUCCUGUAAACUUGAAAGAUUUCAUUAAUUUAUUUUUUGUACAAAAUAAAUGCAAAAAAUACCCUGCCACUGUCAAUCUGAUUCCAUGAGAAUGAUUUUCUCCUGCCCUGUGCUGUCAACCACUUGUCCUUUUGAUCUUAUAAUUUUUCAUAAAAGCAUUUAUUUUUUUAACCCAUUCAUCUCUUGCACCAUCACCCAUUUGUAUGCUGUUACUGGUCGAGACUGUUUCAAUAAAGUUGUAUCCUAAAAGCCUGCGUUAUUAAUAAUAUGUUUUGCUGCUUUUUACUCUGUGUGGUUUUACUUUAAUGGUUCAGUUGAUGAAUAUUGGCAGUGGUUCUGGUGAGAUGUUGGUUCUGAUUAUGGCAAGCCAGGUGCCAGCAGUUUUCCUUUUCACCAAGUGGUCACCGAGUGUAUGCAAACAGGUCCAAUGAACAUUGGUACACCCUUUGAUCUUGUAUUCAGCCUGUUCAUUGUAAGAGUGAGUUUGACAUUUAACUAGUAACAGACGUUCUUAUGACCUGAAGGGUUACAUUUCACUUUUAAGUUUCCCAUGCAUGUUCUAAAACACACCAAAGCACACCCUUUUCUAUGACUUGAAAUCAAAAUGGCAUGUACCCUCCAAGCACUGCAUUUUGCAUUAAAACCUAAGAACAUGCACUUUCUAAAGCGUUCCUCGGUAAGUUAGUUUUAUUUUCAUAUAUAUAUGUUCAUAUUUAUCUGAAAUUAAGUGAGCAAGACAACUUAAAAAGAUAAACAAGUUUUAUUAUCUUGAACUGAGGUGUACGGUAUUGUCAAAUGACAUGUACUUGCGGCAAAAAAAACACCAUGUGUAUUUUGUGCAAACAAUAAUGUGAUAUUUGAAAUUAAAACAUGGCACAUCAAGAGAAAAUGAGG